GUCGAUCCCAUGGGUGUGCAGUCCCUGGUCCGCCGCAUAGCCAUCUUCGUCCGUGACUCUGGGGAACAUUUUGGCACGGAUACAAGCAAGCGCCUGUUAGCCUUCCUCGCGCGUCACUCGUUAAGCCGCACCGUCACGGUAGAAGGCGUGGAUGGUGAUGGAUGCCCUCGAUGCCACACCUUUCGCUUGCAUGAGGAAGAGCUGACGGGGUACAGCAACACGCCUGGCGGCCUGGAGUCCUGCCGUUUGUAUGGGCUUGCAGAAGUGGACAAUCUGCAGCGGAGAUUCAAUGACCUUGAUACCUUGGACGGCGGUAAACUGUUCAUGCCCGAAACUUGGCUGCAAGACACAGUUAGACGGAACGAGGACUGCGUGGCCCACCUGGAUUCUCUAUUCCAUCUGUUCCACAUCGGCGAGAGGGGGGGGGUGCUUCCUG